CGGAAGAUCAAAUUACCUAGUUUCGAUGAAGGAACUUUUACCCAAGCAAUCACUGAUGUUGGCAUUUUUCUCUUGACAAACCCCAAGAAUGUUUGCAAAUAAUCGUAAGAUUCUUCCCAAUUUCCAUGCAACUUCUCCAAUGCUCUUUGUUUCCCAUACCAAGCCUUCUUAUAAGUAACUUGCAUAUUAAAUUUAUCUUUCAACUCGGCUUGCACAGUUAGAACACUCAGAUUUGGUUGGGCACGUACCAAAUGUUUCACGGACUCAGAUAUAAUGUCAACAUCAAGAUGGCGAUGAUCUGUCGAUUGAGUCGUACUACUACAAGAAUGCACUAACUCGGCCUUUCUCACAGUCCAUUCGCUUCCAACGUCUCGACAUCCAAACCGCACCAUCCAAGGACAAUUGUCAUCCUUAUGCUUCAAGCAUCUAACCUUCCAGAUUGAAGGUGACGACUCCAACAUGACAUACUGAAAGUUGCGUUGUAGUGCGUGGUGUUUAACCGCCACCUGUGCAGCUUGUUUCGAGUGAAAAAUCUGGCCCUUGUAGAAUUCUCCUUCAAAACCAGUACAAUAGGCAUUGGAAUUACGCCAUAUGAAUCAACAUAUGAUAAUUCAUCAUCCUCUUCAUUAGCCUGCAAGUAAAAAUAUGGAGGAUAAUUAGGCUGCUUUCUUCCCCAUCUUCCUCCGCUUCCUCCUCCUCCUCGUCUUCGUCGUCAUAAUCAUCAUCAGAUGGCACACUCCAUGUCUCAUCUUCACCCUAAUCAGCCUAUCUAAUCUCAGCAUGUAUCUCAACACCCAAACAAUAAGGAUUUUGUGCCAUAAAAUCGAAAAGCACAUUCAAACCAUCAUCAUCCACAAUAGGCAUCGCAUAAUGAAACAAAAAAUCAAUCUGCCAUUCUGGAAGACGGUAAGUGAAACCUGUGAUCAUAUCACUAUCUUGUAUUGCUUCGUCUCUACGUCGUAUUCUCGGGAUUAGAUUCUCACAAAAUUGAUGAUAUGUCACCCGACAUGGAACUGUCAACUGAAAUCUUCUAUCACCAGCGAGAUGGACGUCAACAUUGUCAUCUACUUUCUCCGACUUCCACCAAACAAUUAGUUCAAAUCUCCUAAAAUCACUACAUAACAAACAAAUUCACUAAUUACUAACUAAAGAAAAUUAUAAUAGCAUUUUAAUAAUGUAAUUACAAAAAUAAAUGUGUCUCUUACCUAGCCAUCUUUGCAGCAACCAGCAGAGCUCCUCCCUCUCGUUUUCGUAUCAAUUUUUUGGUGUGGUGAUAUUGAAAGGAAGAGAGUGGGGUUAAAAAGGUCGUGAAUCCGCAUGAGACUAAUGCGGGUCCGCUGGUCAAAGUUAAGGGAAUCUGUCAGCCCUCUUUAAAAGAGAGUCAUCGUCUCCGCACCAGUCCCACGCGGGCCCGCCCUUUUUCCGUCAAAAUACAUAUGUAGCAGGUCCGCAUCAAUCUGAUCCGAAUUCGCUCUUCUUCCCCUCACAAAAACACAAUACCUAUGUCAAUUAAUUUAAAAACCACCAUAUUGGUGGUAAAUAAAAAAAUAACAAUAUUUUGGGAAAUAACCCUCAAACAUGUUCAUUUUAGUCGCAUAACAAUUAUUUUUCAACCCAGUUCGAUCCCUUUUCGUAACUUUUUAAAAUCUUACUUUCUUUCCAAGCGGCUAAAUUACAUGAUUGGUCACUCGAAUUAUAUAAAUCUUUCAGGUUUGCCACUCGAAUUACUUUUUUUUCUUAUUAACCACUAACUUUACGAUUUGUUUCACUGUUAGUCACCGGCUGUCAGUCUCCGUUAGCACCGUUAAAUUCUUGAUGACGUGGCAAACGGAAUGGACCGUUAAGUUAGUGACCUGUCAAUUUAAAAAAUAAAAAAAUAUAUUACACCUCAUUUUCUACUAAAAUAAUAUAUAUAUUUAAAAACAUACGGCGGCGGCAGCAACCUGCGACGACGACUAUCCCCGGCGAACAGCGAUUCUCCUCCCUCCCCAACGUCGCCGUCACCACCGCCGACAACCUCCUCUUAGCGCUGGAGCACCACUUCUCCCUCUUCAAGAAGAAGUUCGGCAGAUUGACCCAGCGCUUCUCACUGAGUCACUCGGUUCUCCGAUUUGACCCCUCGCGAGUUCAAGAGGUAGUUGUUGGGACUCAGGAAGCUCGGGCUCCCCAGCGAUGCCAACACGGAGCCGAUCCUCCCGACAAGCAACUUGCCUGAGGGUUUCAAUUGGAGGGAGAAGGGCACUCCCGUAAGGAAUUAGGUCAAAUUCCCCCCUUUGUUCUCAUUUGUCUUCAUCAGCUACAAGUUUUAGGUUUCGUAAUCGAAUUCCUGAUAUUUGGUGAACGAUGGAAACUAAUGUUUCCUUAUUACUCUGCUUGUUCUCAUUACUCUUCAUUGGUGAAUGAUGGCGACUAAUUAGAUUAUGGGAACCGUCGGAAAGGUAAAGCUGCCGUUGGUCCUCAUCGACGGGGGCUCCACGGGAGCGGGAAGUUGAGGAAGAUUGCCGCAGGGUUUCUGCCGCCGCCGAAGUAUAUUUUAAUUUUUAUAUAUAUUAUAUUGUAGUAGAAAAUGAGGUGUAAUAUAUUUUUUAUUUUUUAAAUUGACAGGUCACUAAGUUAACGGUACAAUCAACAGUUCUGUUUGCCACGUCAUCAAGAAUUUAACGGUGUUAACGGAGAUUGACGGUCGGUGACUAACGGUGAAACAAAUCGUAAAGUUAGUGGCUAAUAAGAAAGAAAAGUAAUUGGGGUGGCAAACAUGAAAGAUAUAUAUAAUUCGAGUGACCAAUCGUGUAAUUUAUCCCUUUCCAAGCAACUAACUAUGAUGACUAUCGAGAUUGACAAAGGUUAGAGCUCCGACAAUGUCGUCGAAAUCCGUCAAAGAUUCACUAAUGAAGAGUGUGGUUGAUGUGAUUUUGACUUGAUGUUUCAGUUCUUUUGGAGAGAAAGAGUUUCAACAUAUUGGGUUUCUAAUUAUAAGGAUUUUGAAAAAUGAAAAAUAGGAAAAGAACAACAAAGGGGAAUUUCACUAGGAUUUGGAACAUGGUUGUUAUGUCGGUGGCAUAUCGAUCGGUUGAACCAUGUUUAAUCGGUGUCGGUCAUGAAAACCGUGCAUGAUCGAAAUAAGAAUUUUGAGCAAAAUGAUGUUGUUUUAGGCAAUUUAAUUAGUAAAAAAAUUAUUUAUUAUUUAUUUCAUAAGAGUCAAAAGUUGGUGUUAUUUGUUUAAUUGUAAGUAAAUUGUCAUAAAUAUGUUUUAUAUAUAAUUAAAUUCACUGGAUGUUAAUGUUUUCACAUAUAUUUUGUUAAACCGGUACAAACCAACGUACACAAAUUGUACCUCUACUCAUAUAAUUUCACUUGUCAAAUUGACACAACCGUAUAAACGAGCUUGACCAACUUGAUUUAGAGCGACCAAGAAUGAUUUUAGGCCCACAAACAUAAAACCCGACAUCAUACACUUCCUGCGAUUAAUUAGCUUAACGGUAAAACAGGUAAAUCAUAAUCGAGGAAUAAGAAUCACACAAUCAAGGUUAAUAAAAUGGAAGGGAAUAUAAUUUAAAAAGAACUAUCGGCGUGGAAGAGAAUGGAUGAAGAGCAUCGGAAGGUCAUACUCAUCAUCUCCAGUAGCAGCAUCGACAGCAGCAACUCUGGGUUUUCUCUCUUACGCUCGUAAAACCCAUCUCUCCUUAUUGGCGGCGGCUAGGGUUUCUGCCAGUCUCAACUUCUCCACUUUCUCCUCCUCUUUACCUGCGGUAGCCAUGCCGGGAGAAGACCGGACCCAAGAGCUCCAGUGGCCGGCGAAGAAAGUCAGGGACACUUUCACCGAAUUCUUCAAGGACAAACGCCACGAGUACUACAAGUCAAGCCCAGUUGUCCCCGUGAACGACCCAACUCUUCUCUUCGCCAAUGCUGGCAUGAAUCAGUUUAAACCCAUCUUCUUGGGGACAGCUGAUCCUAAUACCUACUUGAGCAAGCUAAAACGCGCUUGUAAUACACAGAAGUGUAUCCGUGCGGGAGGGAAGCAUAAUGAUCUUGAUGAUGUCGGGAAGGACACAUACCACCAUACAUUCUUUGAGAUGUUGGGGAAUUGGUCAUUUGGUGAUUAUUUUAAGAAAGAGGCAAUUGAAUGGGCUUGGGAGCUCCUAACCAAGGUGUAUGGACUGCCCAAGGAUCGAAUUUAUGCUACUUACUUUGGGGGCGAUGAGAAAGCUGGUCUAGCUCCUGAUAAUGAAGCAAGAGACAUGUGGCUCAAUUUGUUGCCACCUGGACGAGUGCUGCCAUUUGGUUGCAAGGACAAUUUUUGGGAGAUGGGUGAUACCGGUCCGUGUGGUCCUUGUACAGAAAUACAUUUUGAUAGGAUUGGUAAUCGGGAUGCAGCAUCAUUGGUGAACAAUGACGAUCCUACUUGCAUUGAGAUAUGGAACCUUGUGUUUAUUCAGUUCAACAGGGAAAGUGAUGGCACCUUAAAACCUCUCCCCUCCAAACAUGUUGAUACUGGAAUGGGUUUCGAGAGGCUUACUUCAAUUCUCCAAAACAAGAUGAGCAAUUAUGAUACUGAUGUUUUUAUGCCCAUCUUUGAUGCCAUUCAGCAGGCAACAGGCUCACGACCGUACUCUGGAAAAGUCGGGGCGGAGGAUGUGGAUGGAAUUGACAUGGCUUACAGGGUUGUUGCUGACCACAUCAGAACUCUCUCUUUUGCCAUUGCUGAUGGUUCUCGUCCAGGUAAUGAGGGACGUGAAUAUGUUCUUAGGCGCAUCCUUCGCCGUGCUGUUCGUUAUGGAAGUGAGAAGCUGAAAGCUCGAGAAGGCUUUUUCAACGGGCUUGUAAGUGUUGUUGUAAAAGUGAUGGGUGAUGUUUUCGAAGAGCUUAAUGAAAAGGAACAACACAUCAGGGAAAUAAUCACAGAAGAGGAAGCAAGUUUUGGGAGAACACUGCUCAAGGGAAUUGAGAGAUUUAAAAAGGAUGCUAAGGAGGUUGAGGAUGUACAGGGAAAAGUAAUCAGUGGGCAGAAAGCGUUUGUUUUGUGGGACACUUAUGGCUUCCCACUAGAUUUGACUCAGUUGAUGGCAGAAGAGAGGAAAUUGGGAGUUGAUGUUGAAGGUUUCAAUAAAGCCAUGGAUGAAGCAAGAGAAAGAUCAAGAAGUGCCCAAACUAAGCAAGCUGGUGGUGCUAUUGUCAUGGAUGCGGAUGCUACAUCUGCAUUGCACAAGAAGGGUGUUUCUGCGACAGAUGAUUCCUACAAAUAUAUUUGGUUCCAGGAUCAUGAAUCGUCAAUUAAAGCCAUAUACACAGGUUCUGAGUUCUCAGAAAGUGCCUCUCUUGGCAAUGAAGUUGGCAUAGUUCUCCAAUCUACUAGUUUCUAUGCCGAACAAGGUGGUCAGAUUUUUGACACUGGGUUACUUGACGGAUCAUUUGGUUCCUUUGAGGUUCGCAAUGUCCAAAUAUUUGGAGGAUUUAUCCUUCAUAUUGGUUCGCUUACUGGAGGCACAGGAAAAUUCUCAGUCGGGGAGAAGGUUAUCUGUAAGGUUGAUUAUGAGAGACGCAAACUCAUAGCACCCAACCAUACUUGUACACACAUGUUGAACUUUGCUCUUAGAGAGGUCCUUGGUAAUCACAUUGACCAGAAGGGAUCUAUUGUCCUCCCCGAAAAGUUAAGAUUCGACUUCAGUCAUGGAAAACCUGUGGAUGCUGAGGUUUUAAGAAAUAUUGAGGCAAUUGUGAAUGAACAAAUUAAGGCCGAGUUAGAUGUAUAUGCUAAGGAAGUGAGCCUGGCUGAUGCUAAGCAGAUUAAUGGUUUGCGAGCUGUUUUCGGUGAAGUCUAUCCUGACCCUGUUAGAGUGGUUGCGAUCGGUCGUAAUGUUGAAGAACUUGUGUCUAACCCAGAUAACAGUGAAUGGCUGUCACUUUCAACAGAGCUCUGUGGAGGAACACAUAUUACAAACACAAAGGAAGCUAAAGCAUUUGCUCUUCUGUCCGAGGAGGGAAUUGCAAAAGGGAUCAGACGGAUUACUGCAGUUACAACCGACAGUGCUUUUAAAGCAUUGGAAUUGGCAUGCUCGCUUGAGCUCGAAGUUGACGAAGCAUUGAAAGAAGAUGGAAGUGCACUGGAAAAGAAAGUCGCAUCUUUGAAGAGUCGUGUGGAUGCGGCAACUAUUCCAGCAGCCAAGAAAGCUGGUCUGAAGUCCAAAAUGAAAGAGCUUCAGACCAAAGUGAGAAAUCUACAGAAGAAGAUUGCUGGAGAAAACAUGCAGAAGGCUGUGCAGGUAGCAACGGAGAUUGCUGAAACUGCUGCAUCAGAAGGCAAAUCAUUUUGCAUCUCGAGAGUCGAUGUAGGUUCGGAUGCAGCUGCAGUUCGCGAGGCUGUGUUGAAAGUCCUAGACCGGAAGGGGAUCUCGAUUAUGGUUAUCAGCACUGAUGAAACCACAAACAAAGCGGUGGUGUGUGCUGGAGUGCCCAGCAAGUCGAACAAGGUGAAGCAGUUGGAGGUUUCUGAGUGGUUGAGCAAUGCUUUGGGGCCUCUGAAAGGAUAUUGUGGCAGAGGAAAAGACGGUGUUGCCACAGGCCAGGGGCCCGAUGCUUCGAAUGUGGACGAGGCCGUGGAUGUGGCGACGAAGUUCGCUGACCUGAAGUUGCGAUGAGGAUGAUGUGGAAUGUAGAAUGUUUGACAGUUACUUAGCUUAAAUGAAUGAACAAAACAAUGGAAAUCGUCGUACCAGUUUGGCUGGAAUCUGUUGUUUUGCCUCUUUUCUACUUUGGUCACUGUAGUACCUUCUAUGAUCAACUAUUAGAAAGGCAAACGUUGAUAUAUCUUUGGUGAAUUGCCUUGAAAUUGAAUAGAUCGAGUUGCAAAUUUCAUGGGAAACAAGAACAAGAAAUGUGAAGUUAUUUUACGAGUUUUACUAUAAGCAAUUGCAGCGGAAGUCGAGAGGGGUAAUUGAUGUCAUUAGAGGGAUCGGUAAAUGUACAACUUAAUAGAAGUUGGACUGGGAAUUAAGACUUUUGGCUUGAGGAGUGAGCAUUAGCAAAUGAGCCGAGUUGAGUUGUGACCUAAUUAUUCGGGCUCAUCUCGUCAGAAAGUGUAUUAACUUGAUCUUUUUUUUUCAGAGUAAGAGGUGGAAAGGAUGUUAAGAAUAGUGAUGGUGAUUAGGGGAUUGAGACAAGGUGACCGCCUUUUCCCAUGUUUGUUCGAGAGCAAAAGUUUCGUAGUGAUUUUCAUAUGGGUGUGGAACAAAGUAGAUGUAUGGUUAUACAUUCUAUGUGUCGAGUAUUGACUUCUUAAAGAGGUAUUAUUAUUUUCUGCUCAUUAUCUCGUACUUGCUAUUUUUCGGAUGUACACAUUGUGCAUCACUUUCUUUAUUAAAUAGUGGUUUUGAUUUUGAAUAAGGGGCUUGCUAUUUGCCGCCAACCAAAUUGCUAUUUGCCGCCAACCAAAAAAAAAGUAUAUAUAUGCAUCUUUGGUUAAGGAGUUUCACAAUCUACAACAUAUCCAACUUUCAGAGAACGUAUUUAAUCAGAAAAAUUCAACGCUCGCCGGAAAAGUCGCCGGAAAGUCGCCGGAAAAUCAUCGAUGAAAAAAAAUGUAUAUAUAUACAUCUUUGGUUAAGGAGUUUCACAAUCUACAACAUAUCCAACUUUCAGAGAACGUAUUGAAUCAGAAAAAUUCAACGCUCGCCGGAAAAGUAGUCGGAAAAUCAUCGGGAAAGCCUAUCCUCGACAUAUAAUGCGUACACGCAUCCAUGAAUCAUCACUAACCAUCAGACAAUGUGGGCAAAGUGCUACACGAACCAUGUGUUUCAAACCCUAAACCCUAAGUGAACCCUGAACCCUAAACCCUUUGUUGAUGUGACUUGAAUCGGACUAUCAGCCGCUACGACUGGUAAUCGGGGGUCUCGCUGCCCACGGUGUAUGGGCUCAAUGUUAUUUGGGUUCGGGUUCUGGGCCUGGUCUGUAACUGUUUCCUUUGUCAUAUUGGAUUAGGUUUAGACCCACAUGGAGAAGUACUAUAAAUACUUCGUGUUAGUGAACUACGUAAAUCGUGUGUCGUGUUGCAAUGCUCUAUUUAUAUGUUGUUGUUUUUCUAGUUGUAUUUUUAAUGACCCUAGUGUCAUUAUGAACUUAUGAAUUUCAUUAUGGAUUUCUAGCGAGUUCGGGGUCGAUUGGACGAAGAUCGGGCGCGAGGCAAGUCAAUCGUCGGUCGCCGGCACCGUUCUUCCGUCGUCGGCUAACCUCCCGUCGCCCUCAAUCGUCGGAAAACAAGUAAGUUUACUUUUUCCGGCCAGUUUUCCAGUUUUCCGGCGAAAAACACGGCGGGCCGAAAAAAAUUUGUGGCCGGGACGACGGCCGGCCGAAAAAUUCUUUCGGCCCGGCGACGCCACGGCCGCAAAUUUUUUUCGGCCGGCCGACGAACACGCCGCCGGAAAAUUUUUGGCCGGCGUGUUCGGCGACCGGCCGAAAAAAAUUCUUUCGGCCCGACGUCGCUCCGGCCGCAAAUUUUUUUCGGCCGGCCGGAGAACACGCCGCCGGAAAAUUUUUGGCCGGCGUGUUCGGCGACCGGCCGAAAAAAAUUUGCGGCCGUGGCGUCGCCGGGCGAAAGAAUUUUUCGGCCGGCCGUCGUCCCGGCCACAAAUUUUUUUCGGCUCGGCGACGUUCGGGCCGCAAUUUUUUUUCGGCCCGCCGUGUUUUUCGCCGGAAAACUGGAAAACUGGCCGGAAAAAGUAAACUUACUUGUUUUCCGACGAUUGAGGGCGACGGGAGGUUAGCCGACGACGGAAGAACGGUGCCGGCGACGGAGGCACUGGGAAGGAAGGGAAAAUUCAAAAUUUAAAUUUUUUUUUUUUACCGGCGACGGAGGCACUGGGAAGGAAUAGAAAAUUCAAAUUUUGAAUUUUUUUUUUUUUAGUUGGCGGCAAAUAGCAAUUUGAUUGGCGGCAAAUAGCCGUUCACUUGAAUAAAGCAUACAAUGGAUGGCUGUCUAUGAAAUUAGCGUCAUUGCUUCAACGCCCUCCAUUUUUAGCUUAGGAAUAAGUAUCCAUAUAACAAUAUAAGCUCAAUGCAUAUAACAAGUAGCCUAGUGAUUGACAUACUUGUAUAGUUAAUGAUAUUAUAGGAUUCCUUAUCCUUGUUUGCAUUAAUAUAUUCUAAACUUUUUC